GCUGCUGCUGCAUGCUCUCAGUGUCUCCGUAUUAUUCUAGUCAUUGUUAGAGAUGUGCUGCUCCAUCGGUGGAAUUUGGAAAUAAACAAGGAAUGUUGUUACAGGGAAGAAAAGGGUCAUAAUUUGACCUUAAGAAGACAACAUCAUCCUGAGGAGACAGAGAAGGAGCAGAAGAGAAAGUGUCAUGAAGCUAUAAAAGGCAAAAUCUGACUAGUUUGAUUUGAAGCUUUGGAAUGACUGAAGAGAAAUGAUGGACAGAGAACAAGAGAAGACAGUGACAGAUUCACAGAAGAUGGCAUUUUUGCUGUUCUGGUAGAGACCGGACAGAAAGGACAUAUGAUGAAACUCCUACCAGCUGCACGUGCCUACUGAUAACUACCAAGCAUGCUGGGAAAGCGGAACUUGCUUCGUUACAACUGACCAUCUGAUUCUUUCUGUAACUAAUUAGACCCCAGUCACCUUUCUCUGACCAUGCUGGGACACUGGAUGUGCCAGAGAUGCUAGAGCUAAAUAUGCCGAGACAUUGGUACAUCUGUUUAACAGAUUAGUGAGGAUGAAGAGACGAGGCCAGACCAGAAACCAGAGGUUUGUCAAGGCUGACUACUAUGAACUGGACUGGUACUAUGAAGAGUGUACCGAUGUGUUGUGUGCUGACAGAGUGGGCCAGAUGACGAAGACCUACAGCGACAUUGACGCUGUCACUCGGCUGCUGGAAGAGAAAGAGCGCGACUUGGAGUUAGCAGCUCGCAUCGGACAGUCACUGCUAAAGAAAAACAAAGCUCUCAGCAACAGAAAUGAGCUGCUGGAGGAGCAAGUGGAGCACGUACGAGAGGAGGUUUCUCAGCUUCGUCACGAUCUGUCCAUGAAAGAUGAGUUGUUGCAGUUCUACACCAACGCCGCUGAGGAAAGUGAGGGGGAGUCAAUCACCUCUUCACCCGUGCGACCAAGUGAACCUAAUGUGUCAGCUCCAGCUUUUUUCCCCCUGGACUCCUUACAGAAGAAACUCAAAGACUUGGAAGAAGAAAACAAGUCACUCCGAUCUGCGGCAACUCAUUUGGAAACGGAAACCAUCAACUAUGAGGAAAAAGAGCAGCAGCUUGUCAACGACUGUGUCAAAGAAAUCCGUGAUGCCAACCUGCAGAUUUCCUCUUUGGCUGAAGAGCUGGCCAAGAAGACAGAGGACGCCUCCAGACAGCAGGAGGAAAUCACACACCUUCUCUCACAGAUUGUAGACCUCCAAAAAAAGGCCAAGCUUUAUGCUGUGGAGAAUGAAGAGCUGACACAGCAUUUGGGUGCAGCCAAAGAUGCCCAGCGACAACUCACUGCUGAGUUGCGCGAGUUGCAGGACAAGUACGCAGAGUGUAUGGAGAUGCUUCACGAAGCUCAGGAGGAGCUAAAAAACCUGAGGAAUAAAACUCUGCCCCUCAGCACCCCCAGACGUUUCCAUUCCCUGGGCCUCUUUCCAAUGGACUCUCUGGCGGCAGAAAUAGAGGGCACGAUGAGGAAGGAGCUUCAGAUGGAUGACCCAGAUGUGGAAGAGCAGAGACUCCACCCAAAGCGAGUGUUCCAGACGGUGAAAAACCUCAACCUGAUGCGUCAGCAGCGCUCUUCUGCAGCCCCCUCCCCUCUCAACAUCCCAGGCUCCAAUCAGACCUCAUGCUUCACCUCAGGACGCUCCAGCAGGGUGGGCACGCCUCGCUCCAACUCCAUUUACGGCAGCGAGAUGGGAAGUGGGAUCAUCCUAGACAACAGGACAAGCAGCAUCAUGGAGAGUCCUGACGAUGGGUCAGAGGACUCUAACAAGCGCCCCCCAGGAACUCCCGGGACUCCAGGCAGCAGGGACCUGGAGGCAGCCUUGCGCCGCCUGUCCCUCCGCCGUGACAACUACCUCUCAGAAAAACGCUUCUUCGAAGAGGAGAGGGAGAGGAAGCUGGCUUACCUUGCCAAAGAGGAGGAAAAAGGAGGUGGGGAGGACAGCGGAGGCCCAGGGACCCCAACAGAGAGCCUUUUGUCACUGUGCUCACAUCCCUCCAUCGGAAGUGUCUGGUCAGGAUACUCAUUCACUUCGAGGUCCUACCUGCCGGAGAAGCUGCAGAUUGUAAAGCCACUAGAAGGUUCCGCCACACUCCAUGCAUGGCAGCAGUUGGCUCAACCCCACAUGGGUGCUCUGCUGGAUCAACGGCCUGGUGUGGUCACAAAGGGCUUCCGCAGUCUAGCGCACGAGCACGAGCAGGAGCAGGAGCAGGAACAGGAAGACAGCUGGCAACUGGACCAACCAGAGGAGGAUGAAGUGUCAUGUGACUCAUUUACAGGCUUUCCAGGAGAGAAUUCUGCCCCAAUGGGUCCGCCUCAAUCUACCUCUACCCCGUCUGUCUGCCGCAACAGAGCUGCAGACACCGACAACUACGGCCAGUCAGAAGGGCUGAAUGAAGCGAUUUGCAGCGCUAAAGAGGCAGCACAAGGAAAAGAUGGACAUGUAGCAAGCAUGCCUCACCUCUCCUGCCCUUCCCCUUCUUCUCCUCUACCCUCUUCCUCUGAGAUCAACGGGCAUGUGGACCUCAUAGAGCUCCAAGCCCUGCAACCCGCCACUGUGGACCGCAUGUCUGUUCAUUUCCCAGGGAAGUGUAUGUCCCAUACUAGCUCCACAUACACCUUCACCACCUGCAGGAUUCUCCACCCCUCAGAUCAGCUGACCUCCGUAUCCCCCAGCCCAGUGACAGCUGCCUCUCAGAGCAGCACCAGGAUCGGCACACCUACCCACGCUCCCUCCCCUAUACCUUUCUCAGCUCCGCCUACACCUACUUACACCCCCUGCUGCACCCCACGCCGCCUGUCUGUGUCCCUCUCCCUUGCUGAGUCCUCCACCAACCUGAGGGACUCCACUAAGACCACCAGCACCUCUUUGGGCUUGGUGCGCCUCCUGCUGGAGCGGGGCAUUUCUGCCUCGGUGUACAACCCAUGCAGCUGGGACCGAGGGUUGGGCAUCUGUGGAGCUUCAUCAGCCGUGGAAGGAGUGCAGGCACAAAGCUGCGCAGCCAGAGCAGGGGAGCAAGAAGCCAGACAGUCACUGAAGCGGCCAGACACUCUCUUCCUCCAGCCCUCCACUCCACCCAGCUCACCUUGCUCCAAAUCUGCCUCCUCCGCCACGACAUGUCCCGUAUUUCAGUUCAGCCCUCCAAAUGAUGACCCGCCAUAUUAUGAUGCCUUUCUCGCCUCCAAACCAGCUCGCACCAUUCUGAGGGAAGUGCUGGGGGAUUUGGAGAGAGAGCGAGGCGGCCAGACGGACGACGAUGACGACGGCCAAACGGAGAAGCCAAACCUCGGCCUUGUGGACAAACUCAAACGUUUCCGCACACUUUCCCCUCUCUCUGCCUCAGUUUCUUCUGGGAGUACUCUGUUAGCCCCCUUUGGCUCAACUGGACUUGGGAACAGCUCACUGGGUGUGGGGCUUCCAGGUUUGAAUACAGGACUGAGGAGGAACCGAAGCUACCCAGUAAUGGUGGGGGCCAGUAUGGCUAUGAAAGAUCCAGGUGGUCCAACCUGUACACUCCUACCGCAUCCAGUCCAAACCUCACAUGCACAACACACAGCACAUGCACAAGAAAUGAAAAACAGGCAAACAAAUCACAAACUGGUUACAAAGGCCAUCCACAUCCCACAGACUCUACAUGCACUGGAAACAGUCACACCACAGACAAUAGUCCAGAGACACACACACAUGUCAGACAGCGAAUCUCAAGAUUCAACGAGACACGACCAACACAAUGAUGAUGGAAGAGAAACAUAAUAGAAAAGACUCGAAUUACAACAUGCAGGUUCAUGCAUAUGACUUAUAACAAACACACUUAUUAUUCAAAAACCAAAUACAGUAUUUAACUGCACAGCUAUCAUCCCUUAACUAUACAGACUAACUAAAACAGUGACUCCUCUUCCUGAAACCAUAGGUCUGAGUAAUGAGAACAGCAUUGAAAGGUGGAGCAAUGAAUCAAACCCGUUGUGGCUGAAACUGUUUCACUGUGUCAUGCUUGUACACUGUCAGGGCAGAAUAACAAAGAUGGAGUAUGUUGCCUUCCUCUGUGUCCGUUUUUAACCAUAUAUUGUACUGUAUAUGCAGAAUAAUGUGGCAUAUAGUAUAAUGUUAAAGGCCCAAUCUGGUUUUUGUAAUGAAGAGCUUUGUUUUCCCAACAGUUGGAUAACUUGGAAAGAAAUUAGGGCCCAGGACUGCAUAAUUACACAUAUCCAUGUAAUUUGUUGUUGUGGCUAUUUUCUAUCAAGAAAAACAAAAUUUAAAAGCAUUUUCCAGUAAUGACCUUUUGAAAUGACUCCUGUCAAACUGCCUAGAGUAUUUCAAAUGGUUUUCUUUUUUGGCUUUGCUGUAUGAAUAAGAUGUUUUUAUAAACUUUGGCAAAGCACUCAGAGACUUCUGCUGCUACUGUGUGUACGAAAUGAUCAUUUUAUGUCAUUCCAGUGUUCACUCUGAAUGUGCUGGCCUUAAAUGACUGAAGUCAACCAAAGCUUAGCCAAGAUGGUUUACCACAGUGAAAAAUCAUCCUUUGAUAAGAUAAAUUUUUACUUUUAACUUCUGUUUUGAUAUGUAUUGUAAUUGAAGUACAUGACAAAUAUAAGGCCCCAUAAUAUCCCAGCUAUAUUCUACCAGCAGUAAUUCUCCUCAUAGUUCUUCAGGUCUUUCAUAGACAUCACCCAGAUUGGGGCUUUAAUAUAUCCUUUCGCUGUGACUGAAUGUUCUUACGUGCCUAAAAACACUGUUUCUCAGUGGAGGAUGGGUUUGCAUUUGAUUAUUUUAAUUUGCCUUAUGUUGUGUGCAAUAGAGAUGGUGUAAAUGAAAUUGUGCAAAUUCAUUAGUUUGCAUCUGAAUGUGCACACAUGUUUUCAUUGGAGAUGUCUGUUUGCCUUUAUGUUUCUGCCCUAAUGGGUUUUUAUCACCGCAGGGAGCAUGUAGCGGAUGAAGUUAGAAAGACGUCUGUUACAACACUGUGACUACAGACCUGCAGACAAACAAAAAUAGCAACUUUGUUUUUUUCUGCUUUUGAUGCUGUUUUUAAAAGAGAGGUUUAAGGACAGCAAUUGAAUGUAAGGGAGCAGUUUGAUUUUGACAGAAACAUAAUAUGGAUACAGACAGGAAGAUAAAAAUUUAUAUAUAUAUAUAAAUGCCAGUGUGUUUUUGUAUAUAUGAAAACAGCUGAGCUGCAGCGACACAUCUGUCCAGUCACUGUUGAAACCUGAACUCUCACUAAAUGCCAAAGCUGAAGCCAGUUUGCAGCAGAUCAUUUUUUCCAAGUAUUUGUCAGUGUUUCCUUAUUUUUCCAAAAAUCAGCUUAAAAGUAGAAUCCCAUUCAAACAUACUGAUGGCAUAUAAUUUACUUUAUCCUGGUUGAACGCAUACAGGUGUGAAAAUGUAAAGCAAUAUGGAACAGUGAGACUGUUGUAGAAUGUAAAUGUUAAAUGAGUGACUUGAAAUACCCAGUUGAUGGUUUUAAUGUAAGAACGUGAGCUUUCGUCUGCUGGAGGGAAGUUCGGUGCGGCUGACCCAGAUCCAGUAGCGGCAACCAUGGACUAAGACUUGGUGUGUGUUCCUGAUUAGCUGAAGAUGGUACAAAGCUGCCCCACUCUGAGGAAGGAAAUGCACUCUGGUACUUGCACAUGUUUUUUUUAAAAGUCCUUUUUUGAGUGAAUAAUUUUGAAAUGUUAUUAACCUUGGAAAACAAAUACGAGCCAGUGGAGAAGACCUGUGAUCAGACAUCCAGGAUUUAUAUCUGUUGGAGGCCUUUAUGCUGUUUGUACAGGUUACAUACAUUAAAGUCUGGUGGUUCAGCUUGGACAUUGAAUCUGGGCGAUGGAUGGAUGGAUGGAUGGAUGAAGUGUUUUCGAUCUGGUGAUCAGUCAAUCUUGGAUGAUUGGAGGCAAACAUAAUUGCACAUAUUUAAGUAAAAGAUGUUCUGAGGUUUUGUGUAUUUUGAUUUUACGCUGACAUUUUGAAUAAUUCUUAUUUCAGACUCAUGUUAUUAAAUGCUGAACAUGUCAGGCUUCCUAUAAAAUGAUUUCCAUUGAAAACAGUGGGUACAGUUGACAGUCUACAAGCCUUCAGUGUGUUCAUGUUGCCUGUUGCCUCCUGGCAGCAGCUCACUCUGGAAGCAAUAGAAAAAUACAUCUUUCAGUAUUUUAAAACAAGCAGCAAGGCUGAAGCAAGAAGGAUUUGGUGUGUGUGUGUCAGUGUGUAUUGUUUUUGUUUUUUUGUUUUGUUAGUUUCCUGCCAUUUCAUUUGAACGUAAGUUAUUAAAAUUAUCCUGCUGUGAGGUCAUAUAUUUGUGUACAGUAUGUUGAUUUAUCUUCAGUUUGUGUAAACCUCAUAAAGUGAACUAUUACUGCAUUGUAAAUGUAUGCAACAUAGAUAAACAUGCUAACUUUUUAAGAAAUAAAUACAGGAAAAUAGAUGAAAAAGAGUUUAUUUAGUGUUAUGUAAUAAAAGAUUGUUCCGGUCAGGGACUGAUGUGUUCUAUUUUAAAGAACUGUCAAUAAAAUGGUAAAUACUUGAA